GAGAUGUUCAUGCCCCUUUAAGACUGAAAGUCCGUUGGAACUGUCUGCUGCUGUCUGGUCUCUGGAUAUGAGGCAGGAGGGCUUGGGGACAACUGUGGGGACAUGGCCCAGAUGAUCCGAUCCCGGCAGUAGUGACUGUCGGGGACCAGGAUGCUGGCGGGUCAAUUCGAGGCCGGGGACCCCAAGGAGGGCACCCACCUAGAGGACCUGUGCCCAGGAGCUGGGGCUGUCAUGGAGAAGGCAGCUGUGGCAGCCGAAGUUCUCAUGGAGGACUGCAACGCCAAGGAGACUCCACCAUUACAGCAGCAGAUCAUCAGACUCCACCAAGAGCUUGGGAGACAGAAUUCCCUGUGGGCUGAUGUUCACGGAAAACUCCGGAGUCAUUUAUAUGCUUUGAGGGAGCAGAACAUGGAGCUCCGAGAAAAGCUGAGAGCUCUGCAGCUGCAGCGGUGGAAAGCUAGGAAGAAAUCUGCAGCGUCCCCACAUGCGGGGCAAGAAUCGCACACUCUGGCAUUGGAACCUGCUUUUGGAAAAGUUUCACCUCUGUCAGCUGAUGAAGAGACAAUGCCCAAAUACGUUGGCUGCAAGAAUCAGAGUGCCACUUUCCUGGGACAAAGAUCGUCCUCUAACAAUUCAGCUCCUCCAAAGCCAAUGAGUUUAAAGAUAGAAAGAAUUAACUCAUGGAAAACACCACCACAGGAAAAUAGAGAUAAAAGUCUUUCUGGGAGACGCCAAGACAGAAGAGCAACACCUACUGGAAGGCUGACUCCCUGUGCAGAGAGACAGGGGGUGUCUGAAGAUGGAAAGGUGGCCUCGGACACCUCUGUGCAUCCAUCUUCCCGAAGUCUGCAAAACUCGAGGAGCAGAAAAUCACCAGUGCAGGCUUCCCAGGCCUCCACGCUGCAGGAGCAGAUGGCAGCAGCCAGAGGAGCUGACGGAAGCUCAUCAGUCUUAGAGAGUUCUGAAGGUGGAUUUCUCAGCCACGUUCAACCUGAUGAGUUCACUGUUUCUUCCCCAAACAUUGCAGAGCUGCAGGAAAUUUGGGCUGUGAACUUACAUGUGAUGUAA